CGGAACAGCCGCCCUGUAGUGUGAGAUCCUGAGCCGGAAUAAGACUCUGUGCAUCCCCUGAUCCUGCUGCCCCGCACCCUGCACUGAGUGCCUAGGAAGAUGUAUGCCACUGGCUUGGCCCCAUUUUAUGCAGCCUCCCAUUUCAACUUAUGGUCGGCUUAUUGCGCAACCGGAGCGGGUAAUGGAGGAGGAGGUUUUGCCCCUUUGGAUACAGGAAAGAAACCUUCAUUCUGCAUCGCUGACAUCUUGCAUGUUGGGGCCCCAGAGAGCCCCCCAGGUUCAUCAGCCUUGGCAGCUGCUCACAUGGGAAUGAUGCACACAGGACAAUAUCAGACAGUUGGAUCCCCACUUAGACCCACUCCAGUGGCCCCUGAGUCUUCUGCUGGUUUCCAUCACAGGCUGUCACCUCUGUCCUACCAACCCCACCGGGUAGUGGGACUCUCUAACCACAGCCCCAACAGCAGGAUCCACGGGAACUGUACUUCCCAGCCGGCUCCCUCCAGCAAGGACCUCAAGUUUGGCAUUGAUCGUAUUUUAUCCAUGGAGUAUGAUCCCAAAUUAAAGGAGAGCAACACUCUUAGAGAUCUGACAUCCUUAAUCAGUACAAGCCGACAGUCAGGGGUCCAUGCCCCCCACAUGCAGACUUCUUCUGGCCAGUUCUUCGCAUCUCUAGAGCCCUUAAACGAUGCCUCCUCUAUUCUGAGUCAAUUAAACACCAGCCAGAGGAGUUCAGUACAGCACCAGUUUCAGGACACUUUUCCAGGUCCAUAUGCUGUGCUGACAAAAGACACAAUGCCACAGACUUAUAAAAGAAAACGUUCCUGGUCCAGGGCUGUCUUCUCCAAUCUACAGAGGAAAGGCUUGGAAAAAAGAUUUGAGGUUCAAAAAUAUGUCACCAAACCAGACAGAAAACAGCUGGCAGCAAUGCUGGGACUCACUGAUGCGCAGGUGAAAGUUUGGUUUCAGAACAGACGUAUGAAAUGGAGGCACUCAAAAGAGGCUCAAGCACAAAAAGAUAAAGAGAAGGAAGAGGCAGACAAGUCAGAGACCACCUGCCCAGGAGAGGUGGACUUGGACAGAAGUAAUAGCCCAUACCGGUCUGAGGGGGACAGUGACAGCAGUGACUCAGAGUCACUGGACAUGGUCCCCAGUGAUACUGAAAGGACUGAAACACCAUCUGAUAUUCAGCACACCAGCGUGAUCAAAUCAUCUUCUGCUACUGACAUCUCCACGCAGCCAGCAGACCCAUCCUCAGAGUCUACAACCCCACAGAACUCUCUUACAAACUAAAUUAGUGGACAUAGGGAAUAAAUUAUAGACUCCUGCAAUUAAUUUAUGUAAUUGACUUACCUGUGUCCCCGAGGGCUACUAGAAUUGGACUUAUAAUUAUGUAGGUUGGACAAAUGUUGUGGAUUAAGCUGACCACUGGUGACUAUGCAGACAUAUAAGUCACUGCAAUCAUGGUGUAUUCUUAACAAAACCUAACAUCCUAGAGGUGCCCGAGAAAAAAUGAGAGAAGAAUUGUGUAGACUGCAUGCUUUAUUUGUGACCUGGCUACUAAAAUCUCUGCCUCUUUGUAUCUCCUGAACAUCUGAUGGAUUUUAGGAAAUAAUUCCUUAAAAACUAAUUGGUCAGUGUAUGAAGAUACCUUGAUACCAUAUUUGUUUUGGACAUUAAUAUCCACUAUACAGCAAGAGGACACGAAAAAAGUAGUUUUGAUUGGUGUUUGCCAUUCCCCCUUUACUGAAUACAGCUUGGCUGGAUGGCAAGCUUUAAAAAGUUGCAGGGACUUACAUAGUUUCAAAUUGCCCAUGGGAAGCUCGAGUCAUUAGAAGCACAUUUAAAGAGAUGGUUAUAGGAAAUCCAGGCAGUACUCUCUAGGAGGAACCUCAUGAUGAGUUUCCAGCAUGUUUCCUGGUCGGUCAUAAGCUCUCCAACCAACAAAAUGUGAAAUUUGUCUUAACUUUUCCGUUGUUUGCGACCUGUAAAUAUCUAUAAAUUUAAUCAUGCACUGAAAUACUGUAAAUAAAAUGUUUACUGUGGUUUUAGAAA